UAUUUUCCUUGCAUCUCUUCUACCCCACCCACUGGUGUUUCUAAAUCCUUAAUUAAACUGACCCAACUUUAAAAUCAAAUAACCAAAAUCGAAAUAAUUGCCGUUUUUUUUUUCGAUGAAGCAAAGGAGGAUCAUAUCCUUGGAAAAGGAAAUGCAGAUAAUCUACGGAGCACUGAUGUUGCUGCCAUUCUUUUGCUCUUUGGUUUCCCCAGAUGCUCAAGGAGAGGCGUUGUUUUCAUUGAAGGCCUCACUGAAGGCAUCAAGCAGUCAGCUUAUAGAUUGGAAUCCGACUCUAAUUAAUCCAUGCACUUGGUCCAAAAUUAAUUGUGAUGCUAGUAACAAUGUCAUUAGUGUGUCAUUAUCUAAUAUGGGGUUUUCCGGCACUUUAUCUCCCAAAAUUAAAGUUUUGAAGAAGCUCGCCACACUAUCGGUGCAAGGAAAUAGGAUAACUGGUAGGAUUCCUGAAGAAGUUGGAAAUCUGUCAAGCUUGACAAUGUUGAACCUGGAAAAUAACCAAUUGUCUGGAGAAAUACCACUUUCGCUCGGAAACCUCAAGAUGCUCCAGUUCUUGUACUUGAAUCGGAACAAUCUCACCGGGACAAUCCCUCAGUCUCUUUCAACUCUUCCAAGCUUAACUAACUUGCAGCUCGGUUCAAAUCGUCUAAUUGGCCAAAUUCCUAAAAGUUUAUUUGGAGUCUCCCAAUACAAUUUCACAGGUAACCAUUUGAAUUGUGGCUUCAAUUUUAGCCAGCCUUGUGAAUCUAGAAAAGUUCUUCCCAGUACAUCAAAGUCUGGCAUUGUUUUUGGUGUUGUUAUUGGACUUAUUGUUCUUGUGGGAGGCUUUCUACUAUUUUGCAUGAGGGUCCGACAUAAAGGCUACAAGCGGGAUAACUUUGAAGAUGUUGCAGGAGAUGUUGACCGACAAAUUGAAUUCGGUCAGUUAAGAAGAUUUUUAUGGACAGAGUUGCAAAUUGCUACAGACAACUUUAGUGAAAAGAAUGUACUUGGACAGGGAGGCUUUGGGAAAGUAUACAAAGGAGUGCUCGCGGAUCACACAAAGAUUGCUGUUAAAAGGUUAACAAGCUACAACAGUCCUAGUGGAGAUGCUGCUUUUUACCGUGAAGUUGAGAUGAUAAGUGUUGCAGUUCAUCGGAAUCUCUUAAGGCUCAUUGGCUUUUGCACUACCGUAACAGAACGCCUUCUCGUUUACCCCUAUAUGCCGAAUUUAAGUGUUGCCUCUCGUUUACGAGAACUUCAACCUGGGGAGGCUGUUCUGGACUGGCCUACUAGAAAGCGUGUGGCAUUGGGCACUGCGCGUGGACUUGAGUACUUACAUGAGCAUUGUAAUCCGAAAAUAAUUCACCGUGAUGUUAAGGCUGCAAAUGUAUUAUUGGAUGAAGAAUUUGAAGCUGUUGUGGGUGAUUUUGGGUUGGCAAAGAUGGUAGAUGUUGGAAAGACCAACGUGACAACUCAAGUAUGUGGUACUAUGGGACACAUUGCUCCUGAGUACUUGCAAUCUGGAAAAUCAUCAGAGAAAACUGAUGUUUUUGGCUAUGGAGUCAUGCUUCUUGAGCUCGUUACAGGUCAACGUGUCAUUGACUUCUCUCGCCAUGAUGGAGAUGAUGUAUUAUUGGUUGAUCUAGUGAAAAAAUUGCAAAGAGAGAAUAGACUACAUGAUAUUGUAGAUGGUAACCUAAGGAGAAAUUACAACAUAGAAGAAGUACACAUGAUUAUUCAGGUUGCACUACUAUGCACGCAAGCAUCACCUGAAGAACGACCUGCGAUGUCAAAUGUUGUAAGAAUGUUAGAAGGGGAGGGGCUUGCUGAGAUGUGGAGAGAAUGGCAACAUGUCGAAGUGACUCGUAUUCAAGAUUAUGACCGUUUACAAAGACGAAUCGAGUGGAGUGAAGAUUCAACCUAUAAACAAAGUGCAAUUGAGUUGUCUGGUGCAAGAUAACGUUGUUUGUUUAAUGUUCAUUUGUUUGGUAUUAGGCUGUGGUUAAAUCUCAUAUUCUUAGUCUUGUAUUUUGUUGUAUAUGGGUAAUGUUAACAUUGUUUGCUUAAUGUUAGUUUGAAAACCACCAG